AUGGAGAAGUUGGAGGAUUUACCUGAGACCGUCUUCGAAGAUGGUAGAGGCGAAGCUGGUUCCUGCCGGUUGCCGGAGCUUCUGCAGUCAAUUUCUUCAAACAGAGCCGAUUACGGUGCUCUUCAACAACAGGUGUAUGGUAUACUGGGAAUUGUUGCGUAUUCACAAGAUCACCAGCUAUUGCCAGAGGUUUCACUUUCGCUCAAAUUCAACCGGUCACCUGUUCCCAGAGAAUUCACCCUCCAAAGUCCAAAUUCGACCAUUCAUGACACAAGGAUUAUUAGAGAGCUUUGGAGUGGUUGGAGUCAAGCCUUGAAUUUCCCAUGGCAGAUUGUGAGCAUUUUCAAGCUUACCAAGAGACAUGUGCACCGACUUGCAAUAAUCAUGACGCAUGCAAGUAUCAUUCAUUCUAAGAGAGCCAAUAUGUGGAGAUUUGAAGUUUCAUUCUGCCAACUCUUGCAAUGA